UUUAAUCUUUAAUAUAUGGUAACAUGUACACGUUCACUUUGACAUAGACUAACAAAUGCUUGAAUUAAGUACGCCCACUGUAAUCGAUACAUGCAAUUUAUGUAGGUCGAUUGAAACUGCAACUGUAAAAAGCAAUGGGCAUUGUAAAGCAGGCUGUUGUAGUGUGCGUCUGUCUGGUUGUCGCCACGAGACUGUCACAUGUAUUUGAGACGUCGUUACCGGUAAAUUUUGGAGGGACUUGGGACCCGGAGUUCCAAAAGGUCGCCGAUGUGUUUAAGAGAAAUGUGGAGAGUGGCAAAGAACCAGGGGCUGCCUUUGCCGUAUACUAUAAAGGUAAACCUGUAGUUGAUGUAUGGGGAGGACAUGCCGACUCAGAAAGCGUUAGACCAUGGAAAGAGGACACGACCACGCUCGUCUUCUCGUGUUCUAAAGGGAUUGCCGCUAUAAUAUUGGCGAAAAUGGUGGAGAAAGGCACUCUGGACUAUUCAAAGAAAGUGAGCUAUUACUGGCCAGAGUUUGCUCAACAAGAGAAAGACAACAUCACUGUAGAGAUGUUGAUCAGUCACCAGGGAGGUUUGGUAUAUUUGGACGAACAAUUAUCAAUAUUUGAUUACAAAAACAACAGAGAGAAAUGGCAAGACACGCUGGCAAAGCAGAGAACAGCAUGGCCUGCAGGAAAACAGUUCGGAUACCAUGCCCUUACAUUCGGUCUGUAUGUAGACGAGUUGAUUCAGCAUGCAGAUCCACAACGUAGAGAUACAGACACUGUAUUCCAAGAAGAAAUUGCAAAGCCUUUAGGUAUUGAUUUUCAUAUGAAAUCACCAUUAAGUGAUUCUCAUCGGACGGCACGGCUUGUACCUAGAUCGAAGUUUCAGUUGCUGUUAGAUGCAAUGAUAUACAGGAGAUAUCUAACAGCUAUAUAUGAUAUUGUUUUCCAUCCCGAUUCCCUCAUGGCCAGAUCUGUAUCACCCGUUGUAGAAUUUUCACAGAGGACGGAUGUUUUGAACAACCCGUACAUUAGAGAAGUAACAGUUUCUUCCUUGUCCGGAACAGGUACGGCAAGAGGGUUGGCCAAAAUGUACGGUAUUAUAGCAAAUGGCGGAACACAUGAUGGUAAACAACUACUCUCGAAAGAAUCUAUAAAUAGACUGUCUCAGGCAGUUGUUAGAGGUGCCGAUUCAGUCAUGCGCACUGGAGAAGUAUCAGAAAUAGGUUUAGGAACUUUAUACAGGCGAAAUCCCUGGGGAGAACGCACGGUUGGCCAUACAGGACAUGGAGGGCAGGUAGCAAUAAGUGACAUAAAGAAUAACUUAGGAAUUUCAUAUCUUACCAACCAUUUGACUAUACAUGGAGUAGGAGACGAUCCCAGGUAUCAGGACUUGGAACAAGUUUUAUACGAGACUAUUUCAGCAAUUGAAAACAAACAAUAGACAAAGAUGUAAAUUUGAUAAUAGACUCAAGGCCAGUGUAGCUCAAUUAUUUGAUUUAAUUCUGUUGUAUUAUAUUGUAGAAACAGUGUCAGCAUGUUUAUGAUAAAGUCAUAGUACCAUUUUAUGUUAAGUAUUGUAUAUAAAUCUGAGGGUAUGAUUAUUUUCACAGCUAUGAACUUUUUCCGUGUCAAGAAAUUGGCAGAUAUUUUUGUCAUAAAAACAAAAUUUCAUAACAGUUCAGCAAUGGAGAACAAACAAUAAAGAAUAUUGAUAUACACUGACCAUAUAACAGCGCCAGUAACUAAACAAGGAACAGUAUGUACAGCGCCGACAAGUUUCGAUGAUUCUGAAGAAGUAUUGUGUUUGAUUAUUUACUUUAUAAUAUAUACAAAUAAAUGAGAAUUUAUCACUUGUUUAAA